UCCAAGGACAGUUGUUCGCGAUGGAGAGGACCGGUCGAUCACAUAAUGCACGCUUCGUCGCGUUCUCCUUUCUUUUUGUCGUUGCCGUUGCGGGGGCGGUGAUCGAUCGUCAGAAACGAGAAUUCGUGAUCCCCGACUGGAUCGAGAUCGUGGACGAGCCUGCCCCGGAAAACUCCAAGACGAUUCAAAGGGCGGUCAGAGUGAGGGAUGCCAAAGUAACGUACGAUGGUGCUCAAGUUUGGAGGGUGGAGGGGCACAAGGACAUAGUGUCGAACGUCACCAUGGACUUCCAGGAGGCUGGAUUAUUGUCGUUAUGGGCUGGCAACGACACAGCGGUAGACGUAAUGGUACGCUCGGAAGAAAUUUCGAGAUUGUCUCGCUACUUGAAACAAAAAGAUUUGAGCUAUCAAGUGGUGAUCGAGGAUUUGCAGAAAGCGAUAGACGAGGAGAAUCCGUCGCUUUCCGAGCAAGAGAUGGAGGAGCUGCAAGGCCGCAAAGGUCAUCGAAUGGAAUGGACCAGUUACCACCGACUCGAGGACAUUCACGGUUACCUCGAUUACCUGGCUGAAACUUUCCCCGACGUUUGUUCCGUCGUCACCAUCGGUCAUUCCGUCGAAGGAAGGCCUCUCAAGGUUAUAAGAAUAAGCAACGGAAAAUCAAAUUCCCCGGCAUUGUGGAUCGACGGAGGUAUUCACGCGCGAGAAUGGAUCUCUCCAGCCUCGGUCACUUACGUUAUCAAUCACUUGGUUGAAAAUAGCGAGGCACUCGAGGCCGAUUACUAUAUUCUCCCUGUCGUGAAUCCCGAUGGGUACGAGUACACGUUUACGAAAGACCGUUUAUGGAGAAAGAACAGGAAACGCUCGGUGGGCAGUCUGUGCACCGGUGUCGAUCUUAACCGGAACUUCGGCUAUCGAUGGGGUGGGCUGGGAACUAGCAAAGAUCCUUGCCGGGAGAUUUACGCUGGCUCAGGCCCGUUCUCCGAACCGGAGACCAACGCCAUUCGAUAUUUCUUCGAAGCUAGCUCCGCCAAUUUUAAAGCGUAUCUGACGUUCCAUAGUUACGGCCAAUACAUCUUGUACCCUUGGGGCUACGACAAACGGGUGCCGCCUGAUUACGCGGAUCUCGACGCCGUUGGAAAGCAAAUGUCCACGGCAAUGAAGAAGGCGGACGGGGCAAGAAGCGCUUACACGGUUGGAAACAGCGCCACGACGUUGUACGCGGCUUCCGGUGGGUCCGACGACUGGGCGAAGGCCAUCCUGAAGAUGAAAUAUACGUACACGGUCGAAUUAAGGGAUACCGGCAAGUACGGUUUCGUUCUACCAUCCCGUUACAUCGUACCAACGGCUAAGGAAGCGUUGGCCGCGGUUAUGGUCGUAACGGAAGCUUGCAAAUCUUUGUAAUUCGUUACGAAUCGAAUCGUAGAGUAAAUUGUAUAAAUAACAAUAGUUAUUAUACGCGAUAUGUACAUUAUUAUAUUUUACAUAUAUAUAUAUGUAUGUGUGUGUAUGUAGGAAAUAAGAUGAUCGAAAACGGGAAUUAUUUAUUGAAUAAAAAAACAAACAAGCGUUAACAAUGA